UCCCUGGCUGGAUACGAUGGACCAGUUUGCGCUUAUCGUCAAGAACUACCACCGGCACCUGGAGAAGUAUGCACCCACUGUGAAGGUGGCUAUUAUUGAUGACGGAAUCGACCCGCUCCAAAGAAAUCUGCAGGAGAACAUUGAUGGUGGAACUUCCUUUCAUCACCGGCCCGGUCGUCCCGAUCGCCCCAUCGACUACUGGUCGGCACCUGGUGGUCAUGGAACGGAAAUGGCCAAGUUGAUUUGUCGUAUCUGUCCCAAAGCGCGCUUAUACAUUAUUCGCCUCGGCGAGGGACAUGGGGAAAAAGGAGUGCGACAGAUUAAACCAGAAACAGCAGUCAAGGCGAUCAAAUGGGCUACUAAUGCCGGUGUGCAUAUCAUCUCUAUGAGCUGGAGCAUAAAUCAGAGCAAGAUGUCCGGGGACCUGUAUAACGAUUUCCAGAGCUGUAUCCGCGCCGCAUACGAUAAAGGAAUCACCAUGUUCUGUGCUGCAAGCGACUACGGGAACACUAGCGUUUCUCUGGAUAACAAUGAUCUCCCUGCUGCGUUCAGCGAUCCACUCAGGAUUGGUGCAGCCACCAUCGAUGGUGCGAAAUGGUCCAGGACUGGUGCACAGAAACUGGACUACUAUCUUCCAGGAGAAAACCUACCGUUAAGGGAUCAGAUGCAAUCUCCUCAGUUUCCACUACAGUCGCUGUCCGGUAGCUCAUUAGCGACAGCUGUUGCAGCUGGACUAGCCGCAUUACUGCAAUACUGCAUGGGAACGGCAGCGAGACAGCCCGAGAACAAACCGGUCUUCCGGACAGAUGAUAUGCGACAUGCCUUCACGGGUUUGAGUAAGAAGGAUCCUGAGAUUCCCGAAGUGCACAAAUAUUUUGGCGACACGCAAUCACUCGACACACUUAAGAAAGUUGAGGACCGGUAUGCUUGGAUUGCAGCUGAUCUCCGGAGAAGUCAUCGACAAUAGUGCAUUUUUACCAAGACAAGAUCGAUGCUACAAGUGAUAACCACACUAGAACUACUUAGUAGAAAAGUAUAUCCUCAACAGAC